AUUAUAUAAUAAAUUAUUCACUUACAUAAUUUACCAUUUAAAUUUACUACGACCAUAAUGGCUCCACUCUUGGCCAAACGUGUCACCAGGUUAUGCCAACAACUAGAUAUUUUGCAGGAAUUUAUCCAGCUAAAAUUCGGUGAAGAGUACAAAGAUUUUGAAAAACUAAAGCUUGGCGACAUCCAUAGCGAGAAAGUCGUUAGUGUCGAAACUGUCUUUCCGUGCGCCGCACCCCCAAAUCCUUCUACCGUCUCCUCCAUAUUUGAAACUGACGACACACAUCCAUCCAUCAGAACUGUCCAUCCCCCACUAAAUAUGGGACCAGAUGACCCCGUCACUAUUAAAAAAAUCAUUCCCUUAUCAACUCCAAUACUGGUUCCACAUUCAACCAUAAAUUUAUCGUCAUCCACCUCGAGUGACGACAGCCCCAGUCUUAUAUUUUAUGGUGGACCGUUGCCAUCUUCCCUUCAUUACAGUACUUUUACUCCUCCAACAAAACCACUCGGCAACGUUUCGACUGGAUCGAGCCCACUGGGAAAAUUUAAAUGUUUCCACUGUACUGAAAUAUUCACAGAGAUUCACUUCCGUCACGACCACUGGGUUGCUAAACAUUCCGACCGAUUCCGACCCGUGGGUGGGACCUACGUUCACAAAUGUUCAUUCCCACUUUGCCAGAGGGAUAAUUUGCGAUCGGUAAAAUUUACGGAACAUUGCAGACACUCGCACGCCAAGGAUGUGUUGCCAGCUCGAAGCUUGGUAAAUCAAGGAUUCAUAUUAACCGAUAUUAUUCCCAGGACUAUCGCUCAUCCCAAUUCAACCAAUUCUAAGAGGACCAUGUUACUUGGAAGUAACGAGACUCCUCCUUUCUCGAAUAGAGAUGGUGAAAUUAAUCAUGCGGAUAUCAACGUCAUACACGCAGCCGACUCGAUAGACGAAGAAGUCGACAUCAUACGAGAAGAUGGUACAGACCCUCUAGUUGAUCAAGGCAUCAAUCUACCUGGCACAAAGUUACGUCAAGUUAGUGAUGCUGCUUUGGUGAUUGAGUCAAAUAAGGAUUGCGCAGAAAAUUUCAUACACUCAGAUAAGACGAAAGUACAACGAACCUGCAUAAUCCAGCCUCUCACCCCUGAUACCUCCAAUGAGAUCAAAUUAAUUCGCAGCAGUAAACCAAGCCAAUCGAAAUCUUACCGCCGUCCAUGGCCUUUCUAAAAGGACGUAAACUAAUUUUAUAUAUCCACAUCCACAAGGAAUAAGAAAUUUAUCAAAACCAAAAUCGAUUUAAUUUAAUUUAAUCUAUAUUUAUUUUAAAUAAAAUUAAAUAUGUACAAAAUUUA